AAGGGGGGCAGGGCUAACAGCAGAGUUGAGCCAACCUUUUUUCUUCAAAUCCACCAAAUAGUUUCUGGAGCUCCGUCAAAUCUAUGCAGCCAUGUUUGCCUCUCUGGUGCUGCUCGGGCUUUUGAUCUUUUUCCUCGUCUACCUGCUUAAACCUCAGAGACCAAAGAAUUUCCCACCGGGACCCCCCACCCUACCAGUGCUGGGAAACCUUUUGCACCUGAGUACAGAUGAUCCUUUAAAGGAUUUUGAGAGGCUGAGGAAAUCCUAUGGAAAUGUCUUCAGUGUGUUCAUUGGUCCACAACCGGCUGUUGUCAUCAAUGGGUUAAAAGCUAUGAAGGAGGCACUGGUGAACAAAGGCUCUGAUUUUGCUGGAAGACCCCAAGACUUGUUUAUCAACCAUGUCACCCAGCAGUUAGGAGUGGUCUUGGAAAACUAUGGUACGACUUGGAGAGAACACCGUCGCUUUGCUCUGAUGACACUAAGGAACUUUGGUCUCGGGAAGACGUCAAUGGAGGACCGGAUUCACGAAGAGAUUCAACAGACAAUAAAAACCUUGGAAAAGAGCAUUGGAUCAACCCUGAGUCCUCAGGUCAUCUUUCAUAAUGCAGCCUCUAACAUCAUCUGCCAGGUUCUGUACGGAAAACGAUUUGAGUACAACGAUGAGAUGAUCAAAGUGAUUAUUAAAUGCUUCACUGACAACGCCAAGAUGACCAACGGGCCAUGGGCUAUGAUUUAUGAUUCUCUUCCCAUACUUCGAAAACUGCCACUGCCAUUCAGGAAGGCCUUUAAAAAUUACGAGACCUGUAAAAACAUCGCUUUUGAUCUCCUGAAAGAGCACAAGGAAACCAAAGUCCCUGGAGAACCAAGAGACUUUGUUGACUGCUAUCUGGAUGAGUUAGAGAAGAAAAGUGCAGAUUCUUCAUUUUCUGAGGAGCGACUGGCUGGCUACUCUUUGGAUCUUUAUUUUGCUGGAACAGACACCACUUCCAACACUCUGCUGACAGGUUUCCUUUACCUCGUGGGCCAUCCACAUAUACAAGAAAGAUGUCAGCAGGAGAUAGAUCUUGUGUUGGAGGGCAAGGAUCAAGUCAGCUUUGAGGACAGAAACAACAUGCCUUAUAUGCAGGCUGUGAUCCAUGAAGUCCAAAGGAUUGCCAACAUCGUUCCUUUUAGUGUCUUCCACGCCACAAUGAAAGACACAGAGCUCAUGGAAUACUCUAUCCCCAAGGGCACCAUGGUCAUCCAAAACAUGAAGUCAGUGCUGACAGAGGAAGGACAGUGGAAGUUCCCUCAUGAAUUCAAUCCUGAAAACUUUCUGAACGAGAAGGGAGAGUUUGUCAAACCAGAGGCGUUCAUGCCCUUCUCUGCAGGUCCUCGGGUGUGUUUAGGGGAAGGUCUGGCUCGUAUGGAGCUCUUCCUCACCAUGGUGACUCUGCUGAGAAAGUUUAAGUUCACCUGGCCUGAGGAUGCUGGGGAACCCGACUACACUCCUAUUUUUGGGCUCACUUUGACUCCAAAACCUUAUCGUAUGAAAGUCCAGCUGAGGUCAAAACAAGCAUUAAAAAUCUUAAGACAUUUCAAACAUUACUGUGUUACCAACUUAAGUUCAUUUAAAUCAGUUUUCAGGAAGCCAAGUCGGACUGAAGACACCAGUCCAGCCACAGGGAGGCAGUGGUUUACAGCAUGGUUUAUCACUGAACUGAACCGCCCUUGUAACUGCAGCUCAGUCACAAAUCUCACCAGUUCAGUCAAAGUCACAAACAUGUUCGUCUCGCUGAUCUUGCUGUGGCUCUGCAUCUGUAUCUUAUUCCUCCAAUUGAAACCUCGGAGGCCCAAGAACUUCCCACCAGGACCCCCAGUCCUGCCCAUGCUGGGGAACCUUCUCCACCUGAGUUUAGACAAUCCUUUGAAGGACUUUGACAGGCUAAGGAACUCCUAUGGAAAUGUCUACAGCCUUUUUCUGGGUCCGAAGCCAGCUGUGAUCAUUAACGGGUUCAAGGCCAUGAAGGAAGCCAUGGUGAUCAAGGCCACUGAUUUCGCAGGGCGUCCCCAAGAUCUGUUUGUGAAUGAUGUUAGCAAGAGGAAAGGUGUAAUACUGGCAGAUUAUGGCGAAAGCUGGAGGGAUCAUCGUCGCUUUGCUCUGAUGACUUUGAGGAACUUUGGUCUGGGAAAAAAGUCGAUGGAGGAAAGAAUUUCUGAAGAAAUUCAGCACACCAUAAAAACACUGGAAAAUAACAUUGGGAAACUCUUUAGUCCUCAGAUUAUGUUUCAUAAUGCAGCCUCAAACAUAAUCUGCCAGGUUCUGUUUGGCAAACGCUUCGAAUAUGACGAUGAGAUCAUCAAAACGAUUGUUCAGUGCUUUACCAGAAACUCAAAGAUAGCCAAUGGACCGUGGGCCAUGAUAUAUGACUCUAUUCCGCUGAUCCGCAAACUGCCUUUGCCAUUCAGAGAGGCCUUCAAGAAUGCAGAGAUUUGUGUAGAUGUUGGAACUCAUUUGGUGAACGAGCACAAAGAGACGAGGAUCCCUGGAAAGCCUAGAGACUUUGUUGACUGUUACCUGGAUGAAAUGGAAAAGAGGGGAGAUGACUCUUCAUUUUCAGAGGACCAGCUAAUUAUAUACGCUUUAGAUCUUCAUUUCGCUGGGACCGACACAACCUCCAAUACUCUGCUGACUGGUUUUUUUUAUUUGAUCAACUACCCACACAUACAAGAUAAAUGUCAACAAGAGAUUGAUCGAGUGUUGGAGGAAAAACAACAAGUGACGUUUGAGGACAGACACAACAUGCCUUACAUGCAGGCCGUAAUCCACGAAGUGCAAAGAAUCGCCAACACUGUUCCUCUCAGCGUCUUCCACAGCACAACUAAAGAAACAGAGCUUAUGGGGUACACCAUCCCUAAAGGCACCAUGAUCAUCCAAAACAUGGGGUCAGUGCUGAGGGAGGACGGACAGUGGAAGUUUCCUCAUGAUUUCAACCCUGAGAACUUCCUCAACGAAAAGGGAGAGUUCGUCAAACCAGAAGCUUUCAUGCCGUUCUCUGCAGGUCCUCGAAUGUGCCUCGGAGAAGGUCUGGCUCGUAUGGAGCUCUUCAUCAUCAUGGUGACUCUCCUGAGAAAGUUCAAGUUCACCUGGCCUGAAGAUGCAGGGGAGCCAGACUUCACUCCAGUGUAUGGGGUCACUUUGACUCCUAAACCUUACUUCAUGAAAGUUCAGCUCAGAUCAAAACCGUGAGGUGUUGCUCUAAUGCUCAACACAAAUAUGCAGUUUUAAAGAAUUACAACAAGCCUUUUUAAGUAUUAUUUUCCAGGAACAACAAAAACUGUCAACACCACAUAUUUUUUUUUUCUUUUGGAGUUAAUAAGUGCAUGUACCAAUUU